UUAAGGCGGAUGAGACCUCAGAGGCUAGAUCGCAUUGCCACCCAACUUCGUGAUAUUUUCUCUGUGUGGGAAUCCUCGCUUUCCUCGGGAGUGAAUUAAAGACAGAGGGCAGCAGAGCUCCUAAACCCGACUGCUCGGGAUGUAUUCGGCACUGAGGAGUUUCUGAUACUCUCCAGCCGUCUGAGGAGGAUUUGCAUGGCUUUACAACUCACGCGGUAAGACUUUCUGCGCUUCUUCAAUCGCUGCGCAGUAGCGCGUCAAGGAAAGUUAGUGACACUUCGCGCGCAAAGCGACUCGAUUUUUGGAUUGUUAUUCCGAUGGUUGACAAGUCGUUGGAUGAGGAGGUGAGCAUGCUGUAAUACAUGAAGAUGCGCCAGAGGUCGUGGCUCUUUAAGUGGUUGGGAAUAGGCAUUGGUGUUCUUCUGCUCACUGCUGCUAGCUAUUCUCAAGAUUCAGAAGACUGGCAGUAUGAGGAGUGCAAGCUCUCCAGAACAGGCCCGCCUGCCACCAUUGUAGCCAUAGAUGAAGAGAGCCCUAAUGGGACCCUUCUGGUGGAGAACAUGCAGAUAAACGGGAGAGCAGAAGAUCCUGACAGGACCAUCUCUUUAUCUCUACGGGACAACCAUGACUACUGGGUCAUUCUGGACCCGAUCAAGCAGCGCCUGUAUCUCAACAGCACCGGACGAGUUCUGGACCGAGAUCCUCCCUCCUACAUUCAGUCCAUUGUCGUGCAGGUUCAGUGUACUAAUGAGCUUGUUGGCACGGUGAUCCUACACGAAGUGCGGAUAGUCAUACGGGAUCGAAACGACAACACCCCACGCUUUCAGCAGCCACGCUACUAUGUAGCGAUUAAUGAGUUAACUCCUGUCGGAACCACCAUCUUCUCAGGUUUUACAGGGAACAACGGGGCUGUUGACAUUGAUGAUGGUCCUAACGGACAAAUUGAAUACACCAUUCGGUACAACCCUAAAGAUCCGACCACAAACAAGACAUUCGACAUCCCUCUCACCUUGUCAGGAUCGGUGGUUCUGAGAGAGAGGCUGAAUUAUGAAGAGAUCACACGCUACCUGGUCAUCAUUCAGGCCAACGACCGAGCUCCAAACCCAAAGGACCGGCUCACCGCCACCACCACACUUACAGUGGAUGUGUUGGACGGAGAUGACCUGGGCCCCAUAUUUCUACCUUGCAGCCUGGUAGACAACACGCGUGACUGCAAACCUCUUACGUACCGUGCCAGCAUCCUGGAGCUCACAGAUCCGAGCCGAGUAAACCCUGUCAAUGUGACUCCUCCCAUUCAAGCUGUUGAUCAAGACAGAAACAUCCAGCCACCAUCAGACCGCCCGGGAAUCCUGUACUCCAUUCUCAUCGGAAAACCCGCGCCAUAUGCACAGUAUUUCUCCUUGAAUCGGACUACAGCUGAGCUCCAGCUCCUGAAACCCAUCAGCAGAGAACAGUACCAGCAUUUCGACUUGGUAAUCAAGGCAGAGCAGGAUAACGGACACCCUCUCCCAGCGUUCGCUAAUCUCCACAUUGAGGUGCUUGAUGAGAACAAUCAGGCACCGUACUUCCAGGUGGCCACUUAUCAUGGAUUCAUCUCGGAGUCUGCUCCGCUGGGCACAACUAUCUCGAGCAGUGCCAAUCUCUCCACCCCCCUCGCCAUUAUCGCCCUGGAUAACGACAUCGAGGAGAUGAAAGAUCCCAUGGUGCGCAUCUCUCUGGACAACUACAACAGCAUCUUUGCAGUGACGCCCAGUGGGAUAGCACGCUACCUGACACUGCUGAGGCCUGUGGACCAUGAAGAACAGCCGAGUUAUGCCUUCACGAUGAUCGCCUCAGAUGGAGUUCAGGAGAGCUCUCCAGUCAGUGUUAAUAUCACUGUGAUUGAUGCCAAUGACAACACACCCACCUUCCCCAACGUCUCCUACAGUGUGAAUGUUUACACAGACAUGCAGCCUGGGGACACAGUCUUACAGCUGACAGCAGUGGAUGCUGAUGAGGGUCCCAACGGGUUGGUGAGCUACAAAAUCUUGGCUGGGGAUCAGGGACACUUCACCAUCAAUGACUGUACAGGAGUGAUCACUGUGACGCCCGGUGUCAACCUGACCGUGGGCCGCUCCUACGCCCUCACCGUUAGGGCCUCAGACAACGGCCCUGCAUCCCAGAGAAGAAGUUCCAUCACUACAGUGUAUAUCGAAGUGCUGCCCCCCAACAACCAGAGCCCUCCCCGUUUCCCUCAGCUCAUAUACAGCCUGGAGAUCAAUGAGGCCAUGAGGACUGGAGCCACACUGCUCAACAUACAGGCAACCGACCGUGAAAGAGAUCCCAUUACAUAUACCAUCCUGAGAGGAGAUCCAAACAACGUCUUUGAAGUCUCCCAAACGUCUGGGCUGUUGUUGCUGGCGAAGAAUCUGGACAGAGAAAUCACGGAUCACUACACGCUAAUGGUCACAGCCUCCGAUGGCAAACCAGAUGGGACCUCGACUGCUACGGUGAAUAUAGUGGUGACUGAUGUCAAUGAUAAUGACCCUGAGUUCGAUCCUCUGCUGCCCCUUAAUCUCACAGUUCAAGAGGAAGAGGCAAAUGCUUUUGUAGGUCAAGUAAAGGCCACUGAUCUGGACCUGGGCAUUAACGGACAGGUCCGUUACCGACUGGUCAGUCACACAGAUCUCUUCAGGAUCAGCACUGAUGGCAGCAUCUUCACAGCUGUGCCUCUGGACCGUGAGGAGAGGGCUCAGUAUGAUUUGGUUGUGCAGGCUUCAGAUGGGGCCAAGGACCCUCGCCGGACCACCAUUACACUCUCCAUCAAAGUGCUGGACGUGGAUGACAACAGCCCAGUCUUCUCCCAGCCGGCCUAUCACGUCACACUGCCAGAAAACAGCCCGGUGGGCAUGGUCAUCCUCAAUAUCAGUGCACUGGACCCCGAUCUGGAUGCGAACAUCACGUACCGUAUCAGGAGCGAGGAGGCCAGAGAGCUGUUUUCAGUGAACCCCCUCACUGGAGAGCUGAUGGUGCUUCGCUCACUUGAUUUCGAGAAACUCUUACCUAAUGGGACGACACGCACCUUCAUAGUGGAGGCUGUGGAUGGCGGAAGUGGCAAAAUGCCCCCAGGGUUGGCCUCUGUUACCGUCACUGUAUUGGACAUGAACGACUUCCCGCCAGUGUUCAGCCAAAUGCUGUAUCGGGGGGUGGUGGCACCCAACGCAAUCAAGGGGACCGUAGUGACCACCGUGCAUGCCGAGGACCUGGACCCACCGGGUACAGCGGCCAGUCGAGUUCACUAUAAAGUGGAUUUGGAGCAGUUUCCUUACAGCACUAGUAUCUUCGACGUGGAGGAGAACUCGGGCAGUGUUCUCACCAGGGUCAAUCUGAAUGAGGAGCCCAACACUAAAUUCAGUUUGGCGAUUAUUGCCUAUGAUGACGGGGAGCCGAUGAAGUUCAAUAAGACUCUGGUGGAGAUCACUGUCCUGCAGCCAUCCAUUAUUCCUGUGUUCACGCAGGAGGAGUACAGGUUCUCUCCGAUCAGCGAGAAUGCCCCCGUGGGAACGGUCGCAGGAGUCAUCUUGGCGGCUGCCAUAAACCAGACCAUCGUCUACUCCAUCAUCGAAGGAAAUGAAGGCGGCGAAUUCAUCAUGAACAACAUCACUGGAGUUAUCAGCACUGCCAAGCCACUGGACUACGAGAGCAACAGCAGUUACGUCCUCCGCGUGGAAGCCGACUCCAUGAGGGUGGUGUCGUCCAAUCUACGAGCCCCAUCCAAAAGCAACACAGCAAAGGUCUUCAUUGAUGUGCAAGAUGAGAACGACCAUCCUCCGGAGUUCACUAAGCCCUUUUACCUCGGUGGGGUUGCAGAGGAUGCCAAGACCUUCACCUCUGUUUUACAGGUCCAGGCUCUGGAUAAGGACACAGGGAAUUUCAGUGCCAUGCUGUAUAGGCUGAUUAUCCCCCCUACUACUGACGGAAAAGACGGCUUUGUUAUUGAGCCCUUCACAGGCGUAAUUAAGACAGCCAUCAUGUACAGGAACAUGCGGCGCUCCUACUUUAAAUUUGAUGUGGUGGCUACAGAUGACUACGGGAAGGGACUCAGCAGCAGCGCUCAAGUGGUGGUGUCAGUGGUUAACCAGCUGGACAUGCAGGUGGUUGUAUCCAAUGUGCCGCCCACUGUAGUUGAACAGAACAAGGAUCAGCUGAUUGGGAUUUUAGAGCGCUACGUCCAGGAUCAGAUUCCAGGAGCUAAAGUAGUUGUGGAGUCAAUCGGGCCCCGGCGUUUUGGUGAAGGUUAUGAACAGGAGGACUACUCCAAAUCUGACCUGAUGGUAUAUGCAAUCGACCCUCUGACCAACAGAGCUCUCUCAAGACAGGAGCUCUUCAAGUUUUUAGAUGGGAAGUUAUUGGACAUCAAUAAGGAGUUUCAGCCCUACCUAGGUCGGGGAGGACGCAUUCUGGAGAUCCGCACACCAGAUGUGGUGGAGAGCGUGAAGAAGGCAGUUCAGUCUGUUGGAUACACCGAAGGAGCCCUGCUGGCCCUGGCCGUCAUCAUCAUCAUGUGCUGUAUCCCAGCCAUUCUUAUCGUCAUCAUCACCUACCGACAAUUCAAAGAACGGCAGGCAGAAUGUGCAAAAACAGCCAGGAUCCAAAUGGCACUUCCCACCGGCAAAUCCGGAGGUGCUGCCACCAACAAUCUGUAUGAAGAGCUCGGCGACAGCACCAUGAGAGGCUACGGGCAUCAAGAGCAACAGCAGUUGCUUCGGCCCUCUCUGUUGAGACCAGAGGAACUCUCUAUGGAAUCUGGCAUUGACCCAGGACAAGACUAUUAUACACAGGAUUACUAUAACUAUGACCAUGGCUAUGACUUGCCUCAGUAUGGAAGUCGACGGAAGCUGAUCUCUCCAACAGGGAUGUAUGAUGAAUAUGGAGAGGUGAUUAUGGAAGAUGAUGGCAGCUACUAUUACAGCCCACACGAAUCUGAGGGAGAGUACGGUAGAAAAAAGAGGAUCAAGCUAAUUGUAGACCGUGAAUACGAGACCAGUUCAACUGGAGAAGAAAGUGCACCUGAAUCGCACAGGAACCGACUAUCUAAUGUGAACAGCCACAGCAACAUUAAUGGGAGCAUAUACUUGGCCCAGAAUGGCUCAAUAAUCCGGACACGACGGGUCGCACACACCAACAACAUCAAGCUCAACUCUCCAGUACGACUGGGAAAGCACUUUAAGAAACUGGACAAACUUGCUGUUACGCAUGAAGAGCGAAUUCCUUUAAACAGCCCCAUAAUCACAGGCGCCUCAGCAGGUGAACAGAACCUCACGACCAGGCCCUCCAGUGGGUCUCUGGCCUCCAGCACCACAGGCCCAGAGAGUAUAGCUUCAAAAUCAAAUGUGGUGAAUGGUGGGGGUGAAAGAAUACAAAAUGUGGAUGAACAAGAGUCCACAGUGGACAAUCAGGAGGUGAGGGACCCUUUAGGAUCACAUAGUGACCGUACCCAGUCAGAUGAGGAGGAGCUCUGGAUGGGUCCUUGGAAUAACCUGCACAUACCAAUGACAAAACUGUGACUUACAAACAGACGCUCUAUUGUCUUAAAGAACGUAAGGGAGAUAAACUGAAUUUGCAGCAUAAAAUGAUAAAAUUGCACUUAAAUUCAUUCAGUAUUAUAUUUGCUUUUCCAUGGCCCUGAACAAUGAGCUUCUCAGUGAUUGUUGCAUUCAUAAGUACCUUAAAAAUCAAACACUUGUUUUUUGCCCAUUGAUUGUCGCCUAUCAGUACUUCUUUUUAAUAAUUAUUAUUUGGAAUUUGUUAUCAAUGUAUUGUAUGCUUUCAUAAAUACAUUUUUGUGCUUUUUACAGUUUAAAAGGCAAAAACAAUUGUCUGCUGAAGUGUAUUUUUGGUAAAUAGUCAAUGAAAAUAAUUGUGAUGAAUCUAAGGUGCACUUGUGCGCCUUACAUUUGCUUAAUGCCACAGUCAUUUGAAUGGACUUGCACCAGAGUUCAAAUUGCUAUAUUUUUGUGCUUUUUUAUACCGAGUUCUAUCAAAACAGAAUUAUUCAGUAUAUGGUCACAUUCUGUUUCAGACACUUGCCAAACUGAAGAGAACAACUUUUGUUGUUGUUUUAUUUUUAUUUUAUUUCAUUUUACUUAAUUUUUUAUUAUUAUUAUUUUUGGCAGGCUGGUAUAUAUAUGAGAAAGCAAUGCAGAAACUGCUCUCAUUGUGCAGCCUUUGAUAAUAUCUGGCUGUUUCUACAAAGCAGAGAAACAGGCACAUCAAAUAAAACAUUCCUGAUAAAACUA